UCUAUAUUGAUCUCUAUUUAAUCGGACCUAUCAACGCUUUUCAGUUACCAACAUGUAAGCCAGCCUGCAUAAAAAGAGUCAUUGCCACCAACAGGAAUAAGCAUCGCCAAACUGGAGCGCGUAGAAGUAGUGUACUAUCAAAGAAGUUUGCUGCGAAAGCAUUUUGGCCGGAUGCGUGGUCAAUGCGCCUUAUGUACAUAUUGGAUGUAUAAGAAACUCAUAACCGGCUAUUCCAUUAUCAAUACAACACCACAUAUUUUUACCUACCUAGGCAACUCAUCUCUACAACCACCUGCCAACAGUCUUUUCUGCAACUAUCAUGUCGACAGAACAACCCUCCAGCACGGGCGCGAUAUUGUAUUCUCAUGACGAGACAGUUGCAGCGAUAACCUCCUACUACGAACUCGUCGCACGUGCACACGCCAUCACUGACCGAUCUGAACUGCUACAUCCACCCCCAGAAGGUUGGCCUCAACUUAACGAUCCCGACGUGGUCGCUGGCUUUGGUUUUAGCGACGAGGCCCUCGAGCUCAUUCGUCACAUUCCAUACUUCGAAUGCUCAGAGAGAGUCCAGAUCCUACCAGAUGUGGAGCCUCACAACUAUAUCGAGAGGGACCUUCUCCCGGGAGUCGCAGACAGAGGCAAGUCUAUUCGCCGCGGCGAGGCUGAAUAUGGAGAGGAUCGCACGCCACCACAUCUUGUUCUGCUAGGAUUUAUCCCUCCGCUACGAGAAUAUGGAUCGGACGUCUACCUGGAUACGAAGUUAGGCAAUGUCAUCAUCGGCAAUUACCACUGCAAUGUUCAAAUAGGUCUUGGCGUAGAGUCUGACGCCAUCUAUCCCGAACCUGACGAUAAUUCGUAUGAUGAUCUGUUCAAGGAUUUAGAUUCAGACGGCGAAGGUUCCUGUUAUCGUAUUAGCACCUUUUUUGCCGCUUGUGAGGGUCU